AUGAAGUUCACUACGAGCGUUCUCCUCCUUGGGGCUGCGGCUAUCUCCGCUGCCGCUAGUAUUCCCAACUUGAAUGCUACUGUACCUACCGUUCGAAGGGAUAGCGAGCCCGCUCCUGGGUGUACCAAAGGCGAUGGUGGUACCUAUUUUGCGUGGACAACCUGCAAACUUUGGAAGGACCAGCCAUCCUUGAUGUAA